AUGGCUUCUCCUCUUCAACCUCCCCCGGCCUACACAGCACCCCCGGAUUCGGGGAUCCAUGCGACAUCGCAGCUCUACCAAUCCAUUUCAAAGACUGCACUCGACUCUGCUGCACGUAUUUCCAAAAAAUCAUUCACAAUCCGACCAAAGUCCGGUCAAGCAUGGGUUGUCCCCGCCGGCCACAUCUGUCGCUUGACAACCCCUGAAGGCCCUCAAGUAGGCGAUCUGAACAUCUGGAAUGCGAACAAUCCCCGUGAGCGAAUGUGGGCGGCGCGAACUCGGCAAAUUCAUGCCUCCCACGUCUCUGUGGGUGACCGUCUUUGGUCUAACCUGCCGUAUCUGCGGCCCCUGGUGACGAUCACAGGCGACUCGCUGGGCGGCGGGCAGUUGCAUGACGUGCUAGGACCGGAUGGGAAGCGGAAGUCGGAGGUUGUAUUUGGCACUACACAGUUUGGGGGACGCGUGCAUGACCUUAUGGGUACUCGAUGCGAUCCUUAUGUCAAUCUCCUUAUGGGUGGGGAGACAUAUGACUUUCACUGCCACUCCAACUUGACACGUUCGGUGGCGCCUUACGGUUUGACAGAGCUGGAUGUUCAUGAUGUGUUAAAUGUGUUUCAGGUGACGGGAUUGGAUGAGGAGGGAAAGUACUUUAUGGAGACCUCACCAGCGAAAGCGGGUGAGUACUUUGAGUUCUUUGCCGAGGUGGACGUCUUAUGUGCGCUUUCGGCAUGCCCAGGUGGCGAUCUUUCCAACUGGGGCUGGGAUGAUAAAGAGGGCGGUAUGGGGUCGACUUGCCGGCCACUUGGUGUUGAUGUAUACCAAUUGGCUGAUCCAAAGGUUCUGGACGGGUGGAAAGCACCAAUUAGCCCGGCAUACAAAGGCCUACAUGGGAUGAGAAUGCCCCUCCGCGAUUAA